AUGUCCACUGACUUUUUACCACCAUCUAUAUAUAUUCAAAAUAUUACUUUAAAGAAACUUUAUAUCAUUACUCAAGUGCAACAAUUUGGGAAAGAUGCUUUGAGAGUGGACCAUGGUGAGAAAG